AUGGAUGAUCAUGAGAAUAUAGAUAUUAACGAUAAUUCUUCUGAUGCCAAUACUGCAAAUUAUAAUCAGGAUAAAAAUGAAAAUGCAUCAGAAGUAAAUGAUUACAGUAAAGAAGAUAUUGAAGGAGAUGAAAAUGUAAAAAGUUCAAAGGGGAAACAAGAAAAUAAUAAUAAUACGAAAAGUUCAUCAGAUAAAGAUGAAAAUACAAUAGAUUAUGGUAAUCAUGAUUUCCCAUGUAAUCCAGCACCUCCUGUACCUAUAAAAUUAUUUAUAGGAAGAGUACCAAAAAAUAUUGAAGAAGAUCAGUUACGUCCUAUAUUUGAAGAAUAUGGUAUAGUUAAUGAAGUAGUAAUUAUAAGAGAUAAAAUAACUAACGUACAUAAAUCUAGUGCAUUUGUAAAAAUGGCUUCUAUUUCAGAAGCUGAUAAUGCUAUAAGAUUAUUAAAUAAUCAAAAAACCUUAGAUGCACAAUUAGGAUCAUUACAAGUAAAAUAUGCAUCAGGAGAACUUAACAAAUUAGGAUUUCCACAAAAUAUAGAAUCAGGUGUUGAUCAAGCAAAAUUAUUUAUUGGUUCUCUUCCAAAAAAUAUUACAGAAGAUAAUAUUAAAGAAAUGUUCGCACCAUAUGGUACAGUUGAAGAAGUUUUUAUUAUGAAAGAUAAUUCAACUGGUCUAGGUAAAGGAUGUUCAUUUGUUAAAUUCUCAUAUAAAGAACAAGCAUUAUAUGCUAUCAAAUCAUUAAAUGGAAAAAAAACUUUAGAAGGAUGUACCAGACCAAUCGAAGUGAGAUUUGCAGAACCCAAAUCUUCUAAACAACCACAAAUACCAUUAACAUUACAACCCAUGCAAAAUCCACCACAUGCCAUGGCACCACAACCAAGUAUAAGUUCUCCAAACAAUAUUAAUUUUGGUAACAACUUUUCUGUAAAUAAUAAUUAUCCACGUCAAGUUGGACCUUGGAAAGAAUAUUAUUCAGGAGAAGGUAGACCGUAUUAUUAUAACGAACAAACAAACACAACACAGUGGGAAAUGCCAAAAGAAUUCGAAACGUUAUUUAUGAACAAUUCGGCAAAUAUGCACAAUUUAUCUGAAUCGUCAGGCCCGCCUGGUGCUAAUUUAUUUAUUUUCCAUGUUCCCAACGAAUGGCAACAAACCGAUUUAAUUCAAGCCUUUUCACCAUUUGGUGAAUUACUCUCAGCAAGGAUAGCCACAGAAAAAAAUACAGGUAGGAAUAGAGGUUUUGCAUUUGUAUCAUAUGAUAGUUUAGAAAGUGCAGCAGCUGCUAUUUCUCAAAUGAACGGAUUUAUGGCUUUAAAUAAAAAAUUAAAAGUAACAGUAAAAAAAGGUGAGGAAGAUGAAAUGAAAAAAUAUGUUAAUCAAAACGGUGUCAAUUCUUUUCAACAAAUUCCAAGAGUGCAAAAAGCUAUACCAGCACAACCAGCUUCUAUGCAACCCAAUCUUGCAUAUCAUCAAAAUCCACAAGCACAAAAUUUUUUCUAUUCAAAUAGUAAUUCUUAUAGAUGUGGCCCUUAUUAA